AGGUCAUUCAAUCCCACUCUGAUUCACUCUAUCGGCGUGUGUUUGAGGGGACGGGUAGUUGGAGUAAGGAGUCGCCGGGCGGUAGUGCAUCGCAAAACGCUUUUUUGAGGAAGAAAACGCCGCUCUGUAUUGCACCACGGGCUGAAGAAACGACCCCCGGUGACGACUUAUGUGAAAUUGGUCAACGAGACAACUGCGCCACUAACAAACCAUCAAACGCAGACGGGGCUAUCAAUGCUAGCCAGCUAGCAUCCCUGAAAACUGACGGGAUCAAGGUGUUGAUAGCUAGCCUAUCCAGCUAAUUAUCCAUCAGCUAGCCUCCUCCUGCCGUAGCAUCAUUAGCUCGCUUUCCUCCCCCCGCGCACGUCGAGACUUCACCACUGCUCGUGGCGGUGCCGUACAGCUCGCGGGCACCAAAUCCCACAUCCAGACCAGAAACAGCCAACGGAGCGUCCUAACAGGCUGCUGCUACUGGAGCGUCUGCGUUGCAUUACGGUGGACACCAUCACACCCAUCACCCCAACCCCUUCACCUCUGCCCCUCUCCCUCCACCCGAAACACUGGAAAUCCACAAGCGGCCGGAUAGCGGCGACGCGCCGGCGAAGCUGGGGGUCGUAACGUUACCGGACUCGCAGGGAGUCGUGACGGCUACCGACAAGCCCAGCCGUGGGGAGCUACCGACGAGUGUGGCGACUAUGGACGGACUGGCCGUGGAAGUUCGCGGCUCGAACGGGGCCUUCUACAAGGGUUACAUCAAAGAUGUCCACGAAGACUCGCUCACAAUUGUAUUUGAAAAUAACUGGCAGCCAGAGAGACAGUUGCCCUUCAGCGACGUGCGGUUGCCUCCUCCAACCGAGUACCACAAGGAAAUUGGUGAAGGAGAGGAGGUUGAGGUUUACUCCCGGGCCAACGAACAGGAGCCAUGUGGCUGGUGGCUGGCGCGGGUCAGAAUGAUGAAGGGGGAGUUCUAUGUGAUUGAAUACGCGGCUUGCGACGCCACAUACAACGAGAUUGUCACAGCGGAGCGCAUCAGGCCCCUCAACCCCAACAGCCCUUCCUCUCGGAACUCCUUUCAUAAAGUACCCAUCCCUGUCCCGGAAGACCUGAGGGACAUCUGUGCAAAUGACAACAUCCACAAAGACUUCAGGAAAGCUAUUGGAGCCAACUGCAUCUUCUAUGGUGCCCAAACACACGAACUCAUUGUGCUGUCUACAAAUGAAACCACAGUAAAGCGUGCAACUCUUCUGAGUGAAAUGCAUUUUCGCAGCAUCCGUACCAAGCUCAUGCUAAUGUCCCGCAAUGAAGAAGCCACCAAACAUUUGGAGACGAGUAAGCAGUUAGCGUCAGCAUACCAGGAGGAGGUGAGGGUCAGGGAGGACCUGAUGGGCCUCGCCAUCGGCUCCCAUGGUGCCAAUAUCCAGCAGGCGAGGAAGGUGCCAGGUGUCACGGCUAUCGAGCUGGAGGAGGAAAGCUGCACGUUCAGGAUCUACGGAGAGACCCCAGAGGCGGUGAAGCAGGCUAGAGAGUAUCUUGAGUUCAAAGAAGACUACUUUCAGGUACCCAGGAACCUUGUAGGCAAAGUCAUCGGCAAGAACGGCAAAGUCAUCCAGGAGAUAGUGGACAAGUCGGGCGUGGUCCGUGUCAGGAUCGAAGGAGACAACGACAAAAAGCUUCCCCGGGAGGAGGUAGGCAGGCAGGGGUCUGGCAGGGACGACAAUGCCAACAGCAAAGAGGGCAUGGUUCCCUUUGUGUUUGUGGGAACUAAAGAGAACAUCAGCAAUGCUCAGGCUCUGUUGGAAUACCAUGUGUCUUACCUCCAGGAGGUGGAGCAGCUGCGCUUGGAGCGUCUUCAGAUUGACGAGCAGCUCCGUCAGAUCGGGGUGGGGUACCGUGCACCUCCCAGUCGAACCGGGGGCCCAGGGGUUGACCGGGAGAAAGGCUACCAGACGGAUGAGAGCAGCAACUCGCUCCACACCUCUCGCACCUAUGGGGGCCGCGGCCGAGGACGCAGGGCCUCCAACAGCCAGUACUCUGGAUAUGGCACAAACUCUGAACUGUCUAACGCCUCUGAGUCGGAGGAUGUCACCGAGCGGGACCAGCGGCCCCGUGGCAUAGGCGGAGAGGAGAGAGGCUCCCGACGGGGCGGCAGGGGCAGAGGCUCUAACUCGGGACGAGGCCGUGGAGGGACCGGCCCCAAGCCUUCCAAUUCCAUCAGCUCCGUGCUGAGGGACCCAGACAGUAACCCAUACUCCCUGCUGGAGGGUGAGGGAGAGCUUGCCGAGGCGGACCUCAAUGACGGCAUGGGAGGAGACCGCCGCAGGCGCUCCCGCCGCCGCCGCAACGACCAGGAGCCUAGCGUAAUGGACGCCGCUGCAGAGUCGGACGGCCAGGCCGGACCAAGCGAGAAUGGACUGGAUGAUGAGGCCCGACCUCAGCGCCGCAACCGAAGCCGCCGCCGCCGCAACCGUGGCAACCGCCCAGAGGGAGGUUCAACCAGCCGUGACAGACAGCCCGGUGAGAGUGUGACGGUUGCUGACUACAUAUCUCGUCCCGAGUCCCAGAGCAGACAGAACUUGCCCCAGAAAGAAAACCACGCUGGCCCUGAGCCCAAGGAGAAUGGGACCAGCGCCAAGACCGAUGAACUGACACCCUCCAAGCGUUCCCCCAGCAAAGGCAUGACCUCGGCCAGCGAGACUCUGACCUUGGUCAACGGGGUCUCGUAAAGAGAUGCCCCACCCCCUAGCUGCGGGCGAACCCAAGUCUAGAGCAAGACUCCAUGGCAAACUCUGUCCCUGCUUGCAUUAACUUAAACCUUUAAACAGAUGAGUGAAAAAGUACCCGACAAAAUACCUGAAUUCAUACUAUGAGAGUGAAAAAGUACAAAAAAACGACAAACGCAUCUACUUAAAAACACACGUUAACGGUGUAUGCUAUCCUAUCUAUCAGUACGUAGUGCUUAUUUAAAAAAACAACAAAAAAAACAACAACAACUAGCUUGCCAAAAAAGAGCUGGUGGACAUGACUUGAUUUUUAAAAAUACCGAAACAUGAGAAACAGGAUAAGACUUUUUUCUUUUUUUUGAAACAGUUUUCUUUAUUUGUGUCCUUUUUUUUUGUUUUGUUCUGUUUUGUUCAUUGUUUAUCACUGGUUUGGACUUGGCGGUCGCUCUUUCAACCAAAACAGACGCGUCUCUAACAGUGUUAAAGUACAGACAACAGAGAUGUGAGCUGUAGCUGAGUGGCGUGCGAGCAAGACAGUCCAAUAGCUUAUGUGACGCAACGUUUUGCGCACUGAACCUGGAGUGGAGACGGACAGAUUGGAAUAUUGAUAGACAUUGUGCCUUGAAUUUGAAAAAAAAAAUAAUAAUAAAAAAAAAAGAGUUUUUCCAUUUAAGUUUGUUUUUUGUUUCCCAAGCGGAAGGAAAAAAUGGUUAGUGUUCUUCCAGGUUUUUGUUUUUUUUGGUACCAUGAAGAAAACAAACCUGUGAGGGAGGACGAGGGGUAAGGGUGAGGGAGUGGCUGGCCGACGUGAGGAAAAGGAAGUCCGGUGCCAAACAUGAAAUUCAAUGCGCUUUUCCUCAUUCCGAGUAGAAUGGACAGCGUUGGGGUCAGUGCGUGCGUGCGUAUGUGUGCGUUUGUGUGUGCAGGGUUGGGGGGUUUGGCGACCACAAACCUAAACUGGGAAGGGGUGAGGAAUCAGAACAGAACAUAGCCCUGGGUGGGGUCACAUGGUGGGGCAUAUCUAUUUAUCAGCAAGGCCUGAGAGAGAGAGAGAGAGAGAGAGAGAGAGAAGGGGAGUGGUCAGGUGGUGUGUCACUUCCUCCUCUCACCUGUUAUAGGGCCUUUCGAGGGUCCAGGACGGCACCCGCACAAGACUAGAAAACAGGACGGGCUGACACCAGAAAGACGGUAGGCUUGAACUCUAGAUUCAGACUUAAAGAGAACAACACCGUGCCUCUUUCUUUGUGUCGGGGGGGUGGCAGCGGCGGUUCUGCUAGCUUCCAGCCACACGAGUGUCUUGAUAAACCACCUCAGCGUGCAGCUCCAGAUGCACACGAAGGGUCGACCACCUUUCUGGGAUGGGGUGUUGCAGGCGGUUGGAGGGGAGACUGGAGACUGACAACUGUGGGAUGGGGAGGAGACGGCUCUUAAUGACACGAGAGCCACGUGACACACAGGCCCACAUUAACAGACACACACACUCGAGGCGUUACACACCCGGUGCGUUGAAGUGGCCGCCCGCGUGGAACAAAGUAGAGGACUGAAAAGGAAAAGCAUUUAAAUAAAACGAGGUGUCUUGUCAUUGUACCUGGCAGUCUGGCAAACGGAGCAAGAGGGACUCGAAACCUGUGGCUCUCUGCUCAUGUUGUUACUGUUGUCUUGGUUACUGCUCUCAAGAUCUUUUUCUGUUGCUAUUUCCACAUCUUUAGAAAAAAUGCGAAAUAAAAAAUUGAAGUGAAAUCAACUCGUUCUCUGGGGAUGAACUUUGAUUUCUCUGUCUUGUGAGUUUGCAGUCUAUUUUUCUAACUUGCAUGGCCUUUAGUUUAACGAAGUAGUAGGUGGUGCCUGUCCCGUGCAUGAGGAGAGAGUGUUAUUAAUCUGACUUACAAAGCCAUUGUUUUCAUUCACUAGAAUUGCUGCUAAUGUACACAUUGAAUGUCCGACUAAAGUAGAAAUUCUACCUUGAAGAGAGAAAGUUUAAGAAAAAAACGAGAAAAAACCCCAUACAAAAACAUUUCCCCUUGCCCCCCGCUCAUCUGCCUGGAACAUCCCAGUUUCUAUCGGAGGACACGUGUCAGGAAGGGACCCGCCCCCUUUUGCUCACAAGUUAUGGAAUCUCAUUCAGUAUUAGAUUUAAAAAGGGCAAAAUUGUGCAUGACAAGCAAGCGUCCACAUGACCAAAGGUAUUGAGAGACAGAUGAAUGGGGAAUGCGGUUGUUGCUGUCGUCUGAGAUGACACAUGCUGCUGUUACACAUUUCUGCUCACCCGUGCGUUGUGUUUUUAGAGCGUGAACGAGCACUUCGAGUAUUUGUACCUUGGUUCAGUCGCAUGUGUGUGAGUGGAGGACGAAAAAAAAACCCUUACUGGUAUGUCUGUUUGCCUUUAUACCUCAUUGUGUGAGUACUGUAUUCCCUUAUGUAUCUGUGCCCCUUACGUCCUCUUAAAAGGCUGCUGUGCGCGUGUGUGUGUGCGCGUCUGUGGAUGCUGGUUGUACAGUCGACUCCUCACUGUCAGAUUUUGUCUCUGGUUUUCUCACUCAUGUUCUGAUGGCAAUAAAGGACUUUUCAUUGUUUGGUA